AGGGGCGAGCAGCUCUCUGCAGUCUUGCCAGCUUCCCGGGAGCUCCCCAGGCAAGUACAGCCGCUUCGAGUCCAAGAUUCACGACUUGCGGGAGCAAAUGAUGAACAGCAGCAUGAGCUCUGGGUCCGGCUCGCUGCGGACGAGCGAGAAGCGCUCUCUCUAUGUCCGAGCCCUGUUUGACUAUGACAGGACCCGGGACAGCUGCCUGCCGAGCCAGGGGCUCAGCUUCUCCUACGGGGACAUCCUGCAUGUCAUCAACGCCUCCGAUGACGAGUGGUGGCAAGCGAGACUUGUGACCCCCCACGGGGAAAGUGAGCAGAUUGGGGUCAUCCCCAGCAAAAAGAGGGUGGAAAAGAAGGAGCGAGCACGAUUGAAAACAGUGAAGUUCCAUGCCCGGACUGGGAUGAUUGAGUCCAACAGGUCGAGCAAAACGAAACGUAAAAAGAGUUUCCGCCUCUCCCGAAAGUUUCCAUUUUACAAGAGCAAAGAGAACCUGGCCCAGGAGAGCAGCGGACAGGAACAGGGCGUGACGUCAAACACCAGUGACAGCGAGAGCAGUUCCAAAGGACAAGAGGACACUAUCCUGUCGUAUGAACCGGUGACACGGCAAGAGAUUCACUAUGCGAGGCCAGUGAUCAUCCUGGGGCCAAUGAAAGACCGAGUCAACGAUGACCUGAUUUCCGAGUUUCCACACAAGUUUGGCUCCUGUGUGCCGCACACUACCAGGCCUCGGCGUGAGAAUGAGGUGGAUGGGCAGGACUAUCACUUUGUGGCAUCCCGAGAACAGAUGGAGAAAGAUAUUCAGGACAACAAGUUCAUAGAGGCUGGGCAGUUCAAUGACAAUCUCUAUGGGACCAGUAUCCAGUCGGUUCGGGCAGUUGCAGAGAGAGGGAAGCAUUGCAUCCUGGACGUGUCUGGCAAUGCCAUCAAGAGGUUGCAACAAGCACAACUUUACCCUAUUGCCAUUUUCAUCAAGCCAAAAUCCAUCGAAGCUCUCAUGGAGAUGAAUCGGAGGCAGACGUAUGAACAAGCCAAUAAGGUCUUUGAAAAAGCCAUGAAACUGGAGCAGGAGUUUGGAGAGUAUUUUACAGCCAUUGUACAAGGAGACUCUCUGGAAGAGAUAUACAACAAAAUCAAACAGAUCAUUGAGGACCAGUCUGGGCACUACAUCUGGGUCCCGUCCCCUGAGAAACUCUGAAGACUUCCCCCACCAACUUCCUUGUGAGCAGAUGUCUGAAAUCCCUCCCUCACCUAUGCUCCAAGGGGGGAGGGGGGAGAGGACAUGAAUACUCCUCCUGCCCCUUUUUUAGAUCGUCGCGAGAUUGAGUUUUCUAGUCCUGUUUCUUUUCGUUGGGAUAAAUCAGUCUCACUUCUGUGACUGUCCCCACCAUUCCUGCAUGGACCUUCCCACUGCUCCAUUAGAGACAGAUGAGAUCCCAUUCAAGUCGUUUUUUAUUAUUAAAACUUAACCCAAGCAAGAUGGGAGGAGAUGGCUGAGGACUUACAUAAAGAACGACCAAAACCAUGGAUUUUUGAAAACGAGCUAGGACUGGAGCUCCGGGGAGCGUUUCUUCCAAGCAUGUGUCACUGCCUUGCAGCUCUGAAGGGUGCAACAGAAAAGCAAGCAUUUUAUUUAUCUGUAUAUGUAAUUUAUAUAUAAUAGAGAUAUUAUAUAUAUAUUAUAUAUAUAUAUAUAUAUGUGUGUGUGUGGACUAGAAAACCUGAGGGACCUCCUAAAAUGGUACUGUAUUAUUGCCUGGAUGUUUUAAAAUGUUUUGUCCCAGUUACUGGGCAUGGGAGUCUGGUCAAGAAGAGAUUGAAACGGUACCAAGUGCUUCAGAUGCUUCUUGCAUCUGGUCAGUUUUCUGAGAACCAAAGCCCAGAUCUUUGGGGUAAGGCAGAGGGGGCCAAGGAUCCAGAAUAACACGUGAAUCUGUAUCAGCUGAUCUGAGUGAGACUGGAAGACCCAGACUGAGCAGGGGUGGCAAAGCGAGAGAGAAUGGAUAAGACAUGAUUAAAUUGCACAUUGUUUUACACACCACCUAAUGUGUUUGCAUGAGAGGUUUCCUUUUUGUUCUAUUUUUUUAAGCAGAUGUUAAACCAAAACCAUAUUGUGUUGCUGUGUCAGCAUUUUUAUUCCAAUUUUCUCAUGUUAAUAAUCUGUGGGUAUAAAGUCCAGUUUUUUAACUUAUUUUUUAAGAUGAUUACAUUGUAAAUAGAACUCAGACCCAGGGAGUCAUAGUUAAGAAAUAAUCUACAGACUUUAUUGAAUGAGCAAGCCGUCUGAUCUCCACUGCUGCCGGAACACUUCACUGUGGAUGCAGCAAAUGCCAUCCAAUUGGUCUCCCUGGGCCCUUAGACUGGAUCUGAAUCUGGUGUGUGAUAAGGUGAGAGAAUUUUAGUUUUUCUCAUGGAAGCACACUGGUAUUCCCCUCUGCUGCUGGAAGAAAACCACAGCUGUGCCUGGAUGGAAACUCACAACUUCCCAAGUCAAUAAUGGAAUUUAAAACAGACUUCAGCAUUUCAAUAACCAUGACAACUGCUAUCCCCUGCCGUGGGGGAGGACGUGUGCUAUUGAACAGCUGUGCAUGCAAUGCAGCAGUGUCUUUUACUGAGUCCCUGGGACUCAGCGCUUGGCAGACAGUGCUUGUUCACUUUUUCUGUUUAGUAUUUCUACUACUGGAAGUGUCUGCAUAAAGCCUGUUCCGGCCUUUGGGAUCCACUGUCUUGGGAGCGUUGCUUGCAGUCUGUUGGGCAUGGAGAUGCAGACAGAAUUGUACAAUCGUACUGUAUAACCAAGCAAUUUUGUGACCAGAUGAGUGGUGUAAGACCACAGACAGGUAGUCUUCCAUAGACUGAGAGGCUGCUGCUUUUGAGAAGCUCAGGUGUGUGCACUUGAAUGUGGCUCCACCUCGGGGAAAGAGCUUCCAAAAGGAUUUGUGGAUUUUCCAACCUAGAUUUUGUUAUUCAGAUACCCUUAAUUCUAGUGCAAGAGCCCCCACUUCUUCCACUCUCAUCCACCAGAGCGAAGGAGAUCACCAUAAAAUGUGAGCAGGUAUGUCUUCCUCCGUUCCAGGUAGUGACAGUUGGAUGCUACAGAAGGAAACCAAGGUUUUCCUAACUAAUGGGAUCAGACCAUUGCUGUUUCCAGUUAGAAAAAAACAUGCUGCUAAUACUGUCCACUCCCUAAGGUGACAGGCGGCUGUUUGUGCUGGUGUGUCGUGUGCAGUGGGCACUGCUGUCAGCGGGUAGACACACACUCUGGGCAGCGAGACCCUGUUCCUUCAGUGAUUGGCAAGGGGUUAGCAGACCGGUGAGAUUCGGGGCAGUGCAGCACAGCACACUGAUAGAAAUACCACUGGCAAGCAGUGGCGCUAAGACUACUGUUGAGGUAGUUGCAAUGGGAUGGCCAGUGUUUAUAGCUACGGCCUAUUCUAUUGGUUCUGCUCUGGAUGCCACACACCCCAUUCUCUGGAGAGCUGGUAGAAGUGAAUUAGGAGCACAUUCCUAAGAUGCUAGUCUUAAGGUUCCAAGUUCCUUUACUCUUUUUCUGUCUCCCCUCUUCUAGUCACAUGGAGAAAAAGGCCAGUGUGCUCCAUGGCACAGGUGAAAGUACCCAAUCAGUCAUGACACUAGUUGCUUACCAGUGUUUCUUCCAAGGAGACAUAUAUUUUUAAUAAACAGAGAGUUGCAAUGAA